AUGAGCGUGCCGGCCGACGAGCCGGGCAACCCGGCCCAUGCCAUCUUCGAGAGGUUCCUGCGUGCCGGGGAGUGCCAGGAGGUGCUGGGCUGCUUCAGGGAGCUGUGCCAGCAGCUGGGGCUGCAGGGCAGUGGGCUGCAGCUCUACCAUGGCCUCAAGGCUGCCCUCAACUACUGGAGUGCCAAGGCCCUGUGGAGCAAGCUGGAUAAGAAAGCCGGGCACAAGGACUAUGACCAGGGCACAGCCUGUGCCAGCACCAAGUGCCUGGUGGUGGGGGCCGGCCCCUGCGGGCUGCGGGUGGCCAUCGAGCUGGCGCUGCUGGGCGCCCGCGUGGUGCUGGUGGAGAAGCGGGACUCCUUCUCCCGCAACAACGUCCUGCACCUCUGGCCCUUCACCAUCCACGACCUGCGGGCGCUGGGCGCCAAGAAAUUUUAUGGGCGCUUCUGCACCGGCACGCUGGACCACAUCAGUAUCCGGCAGCUCCAGCUGAUCCUGCUGAAGGUGGCUCUGCUCCUGGGGGUGGAGGUGCACAUCAACGUGCAGUUCAAGGGCCUUGCCCCCCCCUCGGGCAAGGCGGGGGGGAUGAGGGGGCCGGCCGGGACCCCGCCGCUGGAGGUGCUGGCCGAGAGGGAGAGUAUCUACCAGCACCUCUCGCAGACCUCCCCGGACAACACCAACAAGAACAUCAGCCAGUACAGCAUUGACCCGGCCACGCGCUACCCCAACAUCAACCUGCAGGCCAUCAAAGCCAACCAGGUCCGGGACCUCUACCUCAUGGGCAUGGUGGAGGUGGACCACAAGAGGAAGAGCGACAACCGGCUCAGCACCGCGGUCUCCGGAGAUGCCUACGAAGAGCUGCUGAGCUGGUGCCAGACCAGCACGGCUGGGUACCGUGGCGUGGUGGUGACCAACUUCACCACCUCCUGGACCAGCGGCUUGGCCCUCUGCGCCCUCAUCCACCACUUUCGCCCCGACCUGGUGGACUUCAACUCUGUGGACCCCCAGGAUCCCAUCCAGACCCACCAGAUGAUGCUGGACACAGCGGAGCAGGAGCUGGGCAUCCAGCCCGUCCUCUCCAGCACCGAGAUGGCCGCCAUGACAGAGCCCAGCCGCCUGGGGCUCAUCACCUACCUCAGCCAGUUUUAUGAAGCUUUCAAGACUUCUCCAGAGGCAGAGGAGGUCAGCAAGAAGCCACUGUCUCCCCUGGGCACGCGAGGGGCCAUCCUCUUCCUCAGCAAGCUGCAGAAGAGUCGGAACCUGACACACAAGCACGCCCAGGACAGCGCUCAGAAGGAUGUUGAGGCCAAGAGGAGCCGCAGGGACGCCGAGCCGGACGCGGGGCUGGAUGGAGACACUCUGGACGGUGCCCACGAGCCGUGUCCCCAGCCUGUCCUCUUCCCCCCCCAGCCGCCGGCCCGCGGGGAGAGCAGUGACGGCUGCUACUUCUGCGGCCGCCGCGUCUACAUCCUGGAGCGAGCCAGCGCCGAGGGACUCUUCUUCCACCGUGGCUGCUUCCAGUGCUGGCAGUGCGGGGCCACCCUGCGCCUGGGCGACUACACCUUCGACGAGGAGGACGGUCAUUUUUACUGCUCACUUCACUACCCCAAUCCACCCAGCAUGGACCUGCCCCAGGACGAGCCCCCGGCACUGCCCGAUGGGGAUGCCGCUGCCGCCCACCUGCCCUCGGAUGCUGGGAGCCUGUUUGUGUCCCCCAAGGAGGGGGCACCCGGUCCCCUGCAGCCCCCACCAGCAGCCCCACAGCCGGGGGAAGAGCCUGGGGCAGUAGAGGAUGCUGCGGAUGCCAGUGACAUGGAGGAGCAGGAGCUGCCGGCACAGUCCAGGGCAGAUGUGAGGGAGGAGGAGGGUCCUGGACCGGAGCCCCAAGGGGUGGCAGAGGAGGGUGAGGAGAGCGGGGGCAGGAGGAAGAUCAUCCUCACGCCCCUGGAAAAGCUCAAGCUGUCCACACUGAACCUCACCAGCGAAGCAGAGCCCGAGCCGCCGCCAAAGCCGGCUCCAGCCCCCCAGCCGGGGGAAGAGCCUGGGGCAGUAGAGGAUGCUGCGGAUGCCAGUGACAUGGAGGAGCAGGAGCUGCCGGCACAGUCCAGGGCAGAUGUGAGGGAGGAGGAGGGUCCUGGACCGGAGCCCCAAGGGGUGGCAGAGGAGGGUGAGGAGAGCGGGGGCAGGAGGAAGAUCAUCCUCACGCCCCUGGAAAAGCUCAAGCUGUCCACACUGAACCUCACCAGCGAAGCAGAGCCCGAGCCGCCGCCAAAGCCGGCUCGUCUGUGGCUCCAAGCAGCGCCCAAGGUCCUCCCUGCCCUGUGGCAGGGACAAGAUGCCUGGGAGGAGGAGGAAAUGGCCGUGGAGGAAGCUUUGGAGGAGAGUGACAGUGAGGAAGAGGAGGAGAAGGAGGAAGAAGGCACAGACCUUGGCAUCAUGGCAGAGUCGUGCCUGGACAUGGGGAAAGAGGAGAAAUACCCCACCUGGAAGCGCACACUGAUGCGUCAGGCCAGGGAAGCCCAGAUGAAGCGGUUCUGCAAAGCCCAGGCCAUCCAGAGGCGGCUGGAGGAGAUCGAGGUGACCUUCCGGGAGCUGGAGCAGCAGGGCAUCAAGCUGGAGAAGUUACUGCGGGAUGAGGAUGGCACCCCGGCUGACCAGAAGACGCAGUGGAUGAACCAGCUGCUGUACUUGGUCCAGAAGAAGAACAGCCUGAUGUCCGAGGAGUCGGAUCUCAUGAUCACGGUGCAGGAGCUGAAGCUGGAGGAGCAACAGUGGCAGCUCGACCAGAAGCUCCGGUGCUACAUGAACAGGGAGGAAUCCUUGAAGACACCUGAGGAUCGCGCGGCCGAGCAGGAGAUCCUGGUGCAGCUGCUGGAGGUGGUGAACAAGCGCAACGUCCUCAUCCACAUCCAGGAGGAAAAGCGGCUCAGCGAGCUGCAGGCAUGA